ACAACCGCCGCGCCAAACAGAAACUUUCUAGAGAACUUGCGCCAAACGAACUAUGUCACCACGAACUACUUACAGAAUUACUCACAAAUUAUCUUGCUUGCUUUGCAGUACCUUGUCCUAUAUUUAGUAACUGCACGAAACUAGCUAGCAUGUCUAAUUUUGUAAAGCGUAAAAAAACUUCAAAAGAUAUACGAUGUUUAUUCUUUCCUGAUGAUGUUAACAACGGCUUUAAAAAAAGGAAACCUGUCGUGGGCAGAAGUAAGCCUUCCUCUUCAAUCAAGUCCUGGGAAAGAUGUGGAGAAGGUUUCUUGGGCACACCAACAGCAGAGAAACGUACUUCAAGGAAAAAUGUUAAAGCUGUAAGGCAAUUGGUACCAUCCUCAUCAGACCCAGUGAAGGGAAGUGCAGCGGGUGAGGUGGACAUUGUGUGGAACUCCAGUGAGAGUGAGAUGUCUGACAGCGAGAUGCCUCAACCCAGUGCAUUCACCGAGGGUCGUGGUGAACCUCAGAAAGAAGCCGUCAAGAACUCCUACAGGAGAUACCUCGGCUUGUUCAGCUCGGUCACUUCCCCCAACAAAGAAGAAGUUCGUAAGAUUGACUGGGACAGUGAUCUGACUGAUGAUGGGGAAGAAAUGGACAGUUUGGCUGAAAUCUCGGACUCUGAUUCUUCUUCAAAGGAACAAAAACGAUCACCAAAAGUCAUUUUGGCGCCAGAUGCAGAGAUUUCAGACUUCUCUGAUGGCGAGCGAGCCGAACACAUGGCCCAGGCCAGAUGUGAACACGUUUCCUGGAAACCAGGCGGGAGCAACACAAGGUCUGCCAGCGACUGGGUCAGGUCCGCGCAGGCGAUGUUGCGGACGCCUCAGAAACAACACGGCAGCCACAUCAAGUCCCCAGAAGACUCUGCUAAAAAGAAGAAAUUUCUAAGCGGGGGUCUGGCAGAAAGACUGAGUCGACUGCAGGGCCGACAGAGGUCCGCCAUCAGCUUCUGGAGGCACCAGUCCACCUCAGACUGUACCACCACAGCGGUUGGCAAAGCCGGUGUGCUAUCGCUGAAACUGCUGUCCGUCUGGGAGGACUGCGGCAUGCACGUGGCCGUGUGCCAGGGGGCAGAGGCCAGCGCCUCCCCCUGCCCGUCUGCCACAGGGCAGCUCCUGGUCCUCUUCUGCAGGGACACGGCGGGCCACCUGGCACCCAGCCCCGGGGACACCGUCCACGUGUACCCGCAAUGGCAGAAACUUGUAAUGGAAGGUGAAAAUAAUCCAGUCAUUCUCAACACACACUUCAGCCAGAAGGUCCUGGAGGACGGGGCCUGUGCAGGGGGGCGAGUCUCAGCUGGAAAGUGCACCCCGUACCCUUUGACUAGGGUGUUCCAUCUGAUGGAGAACAGCGCUGUCUCUGAGGAAAAGCUUGCUGCCAAAACGGGAGAGUCGUGGGGUGUCGGCGAUGCGAUGUGCGACUCCCUGCUGGAGGUGAUCGAGGGAUACGGCGUGGCAGGCUGGAUGGGGCGAGAUGUUUCAGUGGUGGUGCAGAGGGUCUACUGCCUUCACAUCCAAGAGCCCUCUUCCCAGCCUCUUCUCAAACACAGACUGCCUGGAACUGAGCCUCUCCAGCCCAGAUACAGGCUCUGCCUCCUGGUCCAGGACGCGUAUGGGCUGUUCAGCGAGGUGGCGCUCCACCAGCUCUCCCCAGAAGACAGCCUGCAGCAGCACAUCAGGAAGUGGGAAGGGAGCUGGUGUGUGCUGAAGAGCAUGAAGGUGCUGCAGAGAGCUACACGGGCCAGGGCUGCUGGGCUCUUCAGUCUUAUUGACAGCCUGUGGCCUCCCAUGGUGCCCCUCAGAGUCCACGGGAAAGCCCAGAGCAGCCAGGACGACAGAGCCAAGCUUCCAGCCCCAAGCUUCUGUUACUUGCUCUCAGCCCAAAGGGGUGAAGGCUCUGUAGAUGAGCUGCUGCAUCCUGCACCAGGACUAUAUCUGCCUGCUGUGGUGCACACACUGAGAGAAAUACUGCAGCGCGUCCCCCAUGGCCAUCGCUGUAGCUUCACAGCCACAGUCAUUUACAAGAGACAGCAGGGUUCUGGCCCGAGGCAGAGCGAAUUCUGGCUGUUUGUGACUGAUCCCAGCCUGCAGAGAGAGGCGGAGGAGGGCGGUGAGGAGCUGAACAGGACAGUGGGUGUGUGUGUGAGCUCCUCCUGCGUUCUUCACCCAGCCGUGCUCGAAGCACUGAGCACCUCCUUCGUCUGCAGCCUGACAUUUAAAGACGCCGUGAGAGAAGACGGUUUGAUCCAAUGCGUGGAGCGCUCAGUGAUACAGCUGGACACCCUGACUUCCGCACCUGGCUCGGACGGUCUGGCCACUGAGGGCCCACCUCUUCGCCAUCCCAUAAAGCUGGAUCUGCUGGGUCCCGCAGCUACCGCCAACUCUCUGGGCAUGCUGCAAGGUGUGGUUGUCGGCGUGGAUGAGGACACAGCCUAUUCCUGGCCAGUCUGUAGCCUAUGUGGGAGUGACCGGUUGGAGGCCUUGCAUGGGGAGCAUCAAGCAUUGUUCUGCAGUUUCUGUAACACUACAGUGGUCAACCCUACAAUGAAGAUGCAGCUUGAAGUCUUUUUAAGUUGUGCAUCAUUCAGUCAGUGCACCAUUAAAAUAAAGCUGCUACAAGAUACCAUCGUGUCUUUCCUGAACUUCACCCCAUCUGGCAGUGAGGGUUACACGGUGGAGAAUGUGUUGGGGAAGGAGGUGGGCCCCCUCGCCACUUACGUUCGUGUUGUAACAAGGAAGCCGGCACUCUGGGUCGGCCUGGAAGAAAUCAGCCUCAGCAAAGGCUAUUCAAACGAGGCGCUACAGGAGUCUGGCCCCGCCCCCGUCCCCACAAACGAAAGGGAAAGAAUCUGAAGAGCAUGUGGAGCACGAGUCACACCUCGGCGGCAGUCAGGACUGGGCUCCUCGUCGCACGCCUGGCGCACAGCAACAUCAAACAGACGAGUCAUGUGGACCUCCAGGGAAGACGCACCAAUAUAGCUGCAUGUGCAGUCUUCAAACGUCUUGGCCCUCCUGACAGAGGAGUUUCAAAAUACCCUCCUAGUACAGCAACCGACCGUUUAAGUACAUCGAACAGAAAGAGUUUCUGAUUUAUUCACAUAUAAAUCAGGACACUGGAAAUGAGAUGAAGCUGCAGACCUGAACGUGUGGUUUACCUGCGCCGUGAUGCUACUUGGUCCCUUCUGAUCCCUCAGCACGAGCUGAGAACAGAACCCCAGGUGCCCUCUGAGACUACUGUGUCACCUGCUUUAUAUCCACUAAUCACUCACCUUGCUCACUGUCAGUCUUUCCUGAUUAAAAUUUGAACAGCCUCCUUUCUGUGGGUAAGCAACAUUGACUGUGGAAAGAUUUCACAGUAAUGUCAAAUCAUCACAUGUCAAAUAUAAACUGUUACUUUACCAAAUGUAUAGGCUGUCACACUAGAGACCAGGUUUGAGUUCAUUCCUCCUGGCAUAUGGGAAUGUGUACAUGGUUGUACUAAUAAACACCACAUGGAAUUGAUUAAUUUCA